AUGACGACGAAAGGCAGAAAGAAACCUUUGCAUCAGCACCAAGGAUUUCUUCAGCAGGUCCUUUGUGCAUCCGUUUGGUCUGUGAUUGGAACAGUCGUGGGAACGGGUCUAGGAUUUUCGGCGGUAGGCUUGACUUCCUUCGAGCAGGAUGAAAACGCGCCCUUCGUCAUGGGCAACGCCGAGAAAUCUGUAGUCAACAGCCUUUCAUUACUCUCGAUGAUGGUCGGAUCCAUUGCUGGCCACUAUAUGUCGUCGAUGGCUGGUCCUCGGAUGAACAUCACCUUGCUGCUCAUGCCUCUGAUAGCGAGCUGGGUUUUACUUGCCUUCAGUAAGAGCCUGACACUGUUCUUCGUUUCCCGCGCUAUUCUCGGCAUCUGUGGAGGCGUUGCAAUGCCGAUCGGCCAAAUAUACUUGUCGGAGAUCGCUUCACCGGAAACGCGCGGGUUCAUUUCAUCGACUUCGAUGCUGAGUCAAUACAUGACACUGCUCACUGUCAGUGUGGCGGCAAUCUUCCUGCCAUGGCGCGAUUUGGCCCUCUUGAGUGCGGCUCUGAUGCUAGCGCUUCUCCUGGUUUCUUUCGCAAUUCCGGAAUCACCCACAUGGUUGCUCCGUAGGGAUGCAAGGAGGCAGCAAAAAAAGCUUUGCAGUGGAAUCGGCAUGACGAAGGCGGAUCUCGUCAAUAACUUGGGAACCAUCGCACGUUCUGGAACAAAGGCCUUCAUGAAAGCUCUUCAAGCCAGAGCUGACAUCUCUAUGAUCAGUCAAUUCGGUGUGGGCUUCUACUCCGCAUACCUGUUUGCUGAUCGUGUCACUGUCUCAUCUAAGCGCAACGAUGACAAUCGGUACCUCUGGGAAUCUUCUGCUGGUGGUUCUUUCACCAUUCGUCCCAACCAGGGCGAAUAUGAAUUUUUGAAAGGACAUGACGCGUGAGCAUUGGUAGAGCCUAACCUGACAAAAUUGGACUCUUAUUUUUUCUUCAAGCAUUCCAAAAGUGCCACUAAUGUGCCCAGUAAGCACCAUAAAUGUGAGGGAAAAACGCACCAGAACUCACCCACACAGAACUCACUGCACUGCCAACCCUGUCAGACUGCCACAAACAAAUGGCAAUGGUGACUGUGAAAUCUUGAGCACUUGACGCACUGACGCCCGGUCGGGUCCGGGAAGAUGAUUUACGAGAUGGCCAGAGAUCAAGGGAUCCACAGACUCUUUACUUCUUAGGUGUUACUUUUCUUGUUGCACUGAUUUUG